GACUUUUCUGCGCCAGUUCGUCUGAUGCCCGUGGCUUCUUCGGAUAGGACUGCCUGAUACCAAGUUUAUUAGCUCCUCUGUUGCCCAUAACAAGUCUUUAUCCCUAGUUCCAGACCACCCCGCCAUUGCGCCAGACUUCUCCGUCAAUAUGGAGAGCUAUAAUCCUUCAGAGGAUCCAGGGCCAGCUUUCUGCAUUGGGCACCAUGAACAUAACAGACUGGUUACUGUGACCCCUCGGGUCAUCCAAAACGUACAUGAGAGUAAUUAUGAUAUGAUGACUGUCCCGAUCACCACAUCCCAUUUCCACUCUCGGGUUCUUGGUCUAUUGUCUUCUUAUUUGGCCAAUCUGCAAUCCCCAACUUACGAUGUUGUGGGAACCAUGGCUACUACCCAAAACACUCGGCCUAUGGUGGUUCCGCCGCUCUCGAAGGCAGACUCGUAUCUCACCCCGAAUGAUGCAACCAGUCAAUUGGUUGGUGUGAUCAGUAGCUGGAUUGAUCUAUGCUCACCCGACCCGUUGAUUGCGGACUUGUCCCGGCAAGUUCUGAUGUUGGAAGUUGCGUAUGCUGCGUUUUGCGGAAUUGGAUAUCUUUUGAUUCCUGGCCCCAAGUUGCAUCACGGUGCCUUGCAUUCUGAGGGUGUUAUUUAUUAUGCGCGCGCGAUUCAAGAUGCUUUAGACCUCGGUCCCUACAUCCAAUUUCAUAUUUGGCAGCAAAUGGUUGAUAAUCCAGAGGUUGAAGUUGAUACAAUGGGCGACUUGGCCCCGCUUGCUCGGGCAGAAUACCUUGCGCCGGAUGAGGGAGAGCCACUCAAGGUUGAUCCGUUUGGAAGCUGGGAUGCUUGGGAUUCAAUUAGAAAGACUUGCAAAUACCACACAAGACUGUUCGUUGCCCUUUCUUUGCCGAAACUACUUCCGUCUCUGUUUGUGCAGUCCCGAUGGCAUUCGGAGCCAGUGCGUUUACUGACGAUUGAUGGCUCGACUUUCCUCAAGAAUCAGAAAGGAUACCCAGUAUUGUCCAAGUCACACCAAGGUUUUAUUGCGAAGAUGAUGCGUCUUCGAACCGCCCCGUGGAUUAUCCUUUGUGGCGUUGGCCCUAUUCCUGGACUUGAAAAUAUCGAAGACCCUGAUACCAACCAGGCCUCCCUAUCUGGGUCUGACUAUCCAAGUCUGUCACAGGCUGGAAAGAAGCACUACGACCCCACUCCACACCUCUCAUAUAUUCGUAAUCUGCAGCAGCGCCAGCCCCCGCGGACAGCGAUUGAGAGGUUCGGUGUGGGAUACCAGGACUAUCUGCAGGCACCUCUACAGCCGCUCACAGUCAAUUUGGAGAGUAUCACAUAUGAAGUAUUUGAAAAGGACCCCAUCAAAUACGAGUGGUAUGAGAAGGCAAUCUGCAAAGCAUUGAGAGACUGGGCCGACCAGAAGAAGGCCACGUCUCACCCGGACGGAAAAGUGAUUCUCGCAGUUGUGGGAGCUGGUCGCGGCCCGCUAGUCACUCGCGCACUGAAGGCUAGCGCAGACGCUGGAGUGGAGAUUGAUCUCUGGGCCGUGGAGAAGAACCAGAACGCGUUUGUAUUGCUACAGCGACACAACGACACAAUCUGGGGUGGUAAGGUCACCCUGGUCCAGUCAGACAUGCGAAGCUGGAAAGGACCUCUAGUCCGACAACAGCCGACUACGGCUGCUACGGGCCCUGUGGGCGAAUCCCUUGGCAUUGCGAGCUCGUUACUUGAGUCAAAGAAGGGCCAGCAUGAUCUAGGUCGGCCAUCUGAAAUUUCCGAACACCAGGGUUCGGCUAUGUGCCACACCCAUGUUGAUAUCAUUGUCUCGGAGCUUUUGGGCUCCUUUGCGGACAAUGAGCUUUCUCCAGAAUGUCUGGAUGGUGUGAACGACGUGAUCAACCCCGUCCACGGCAUUUCCAUUCCAGCCUCAUAUUCGGCCCAUUUCACUCCAGUUUCCGCUCCCAAAUUGCACGCCGAUGUUGUGCACCAGACGGUGUCCAACCCAGCUGCCCCGGAGACCCCAUAUGUCGUGAUGCUUCACGCCAUUGACUUCCUCUCCACCACGGAUACGCCUGCCAGUGGUGAAAGCUCCAACCCCAACAAUGGAAAUGGAAACCGGGCAUCCACGCCGUCGUCGUCAUUCUCCACGACUGAAUUCCCUACUCCCUUUGUGCAGACUGCCUGGUCUUUCUCUCACCCGAACCGACAUAUUCCUCCUCAGUCACCCAUGCAGUCGACUAUUUCGAACGCCCACAAUGUGCGCCAAACACGUCUAGCCUUCCCUUCCCAAAACCGAGGUGUGUGCCACGGUCUGGCCGGCUACUUUGAAACGGUGCUCUACGGUGAUGUGGAGUUGUCUACCAACCCAGUAACCAUGGAUGCGAAGAGCGCAAGCAUGAUCAGCUGGUUCCCUAUCUACUUCCCCUUGAAGACCCCUCUUAGUGUUCCGGAAAACGGUGAGAUCGUCGCCACGAUGUACCGUCAAACCGAUGACCGCAAGGUCUGGUAUGAAUGGAUGGUUGAGGUGUAUGCCCUUGAACCUACUGCGGUAUCCACCAAACCCACUCCUGUGAGCUAUGCACAGGCUGGGUCUCCCAGCGUGGAAAGCCUGAAAACCAAGGAAAAUGGCGCAAAGAAGACCCACCGUACUGGAUAUCGCCGAGUGCGAGUGGGGAUGAGUGAUUUGCACUCUAGCAUCAAGGACGGCUGCCUAAUGUGAAAUUUAUAAGCCGGAGUCGAAUAAAAG